ACAAAUGCCUCGUAUUCUGUGUUUUGGUUUAACCUGAGGUGUUUCACUGGAUUUGUUGUGUUGCCACAACUCAACAAUUUAGUUACUUUCCACUAUUAUUACAUUAGUUUGAAUGACUGAUGUAUCGAAAGUAUCGAUAUUUUGAUAUGAGAUUUCGAUUUUAGAGCAUAAAGACCUGGUAUCGGAAGUAUCGAUAUUUCAGAAUCGAUCCACACAUCAGUAUUUCGCAGACAGACUUUCAUGCAGUUAGCUCGGUCGCUGCUUUGUAUGCAACCGUAUUCUCUAUGCUCUGUAAGCGCACACGCACGUGGAAACGUUAUUCUCCAUCUGGAAGAAACUUUCGACAUUUUCACAGCUGACUUCUACUCGGAGACACAAUGCCUUCACUGACUCUGAGUGGAGUGACCGUGAAUUUCCCUUUUCCUCCGUAUGAUUGUCAGAAGGACUACAUGGUCAAAGUGAUUGAAUGUCUACAGAGGUAAUGGUGUGCAUCAUCCUCCUAUAUAAGACGUCUGGCCUUACGCACUGUUUCUCCACCGGAAGCGGACCGGUACAUUGUGGCGGGCGCAUUUCCAUACCCCCGAAGGUGAAUGGAGUUCUGGAGAGUCCAACCGGUACUGGUAAAACCCUGUGCCUAUUAUGUGCCACACUUGCCUGGAGGGAACACUUCAAAGAUACCAUCUCUGCAUGCAAGAUAGCAGACAGACUUGGCGGGAAGAAAAUGUUCCAAAAUACACCACUCUCAUCCUGGGGGAUGGCUGUUACUGAUGGAAACAAUCCAACCUACUACACAGAUGUCCCCAAGAUCAUAUACGCAUCCAGGACACACUCUCAGCUUGCACAGGUUAUGAAUGAGUUAAAGACCACUUCAUACAGGCCAAAUGUUUGUGUGCUGGGGUCAAGAGAGCAGCUAUGUAUCAACCAGGAAGUCAUGCAUCAGGACAGUAACCAUGUCAAGGUCCAUAUGUGCCGACGAAAGGUUUCCACCAGGUCAUGUGUCUACUACAAUAAUCUUGAAGAGAAGAACACUGACAAAGACUUGGUGAAUUCUGUCCUUGAUGUGGAAGAUUUAGUCAAAUAUGGCAACAAACAAAAGGUCUGUCCUUACUACCUCACCCGUUCCCUGAAACAGCAAGCAGAUGUCAUUUUCAUGCCAUACAACUACCUGCUGGAUCCAAAGAGCCGCAGGGCACACAAUAUAGAACUGAACGGAGCUGUGAUCAUCUUUGAUGAAGCUCACAAUGUGGAGAAGACGUGUGAAGAAUCAACAUCAUUUGACCUGACUCCAUAUGAUGUUGCCUCAGCCAUUGAUGCUGUGGACAGGCUGCUGGUAGAGCAGGCUGAAGAAGUCAGCCGUGGAGGCACCGUCACUGACGACUUCAGUGUAGAAUAUCUCAGCUCUGGUUUAAAAAUGGAUAUAGACACCAUUGCUAAAAUCAAACAGAUACUGCUGGAUCUGGAAGCUGCCAUCGAUUCCUACGAUGUUCCAAGUGACCAAGGCAUCACAAAACCUGGAAUUUUCAUCUAUGAGCUGUUUGAAAGAGCACAUCUGACGUACAGCAACAAGUCAGGUGUUUACGAAGCUUUAGAUCACAUCGGUGGAUACUUGGCAGGACAACCAGGAAUAUACCUCAAUACAGCUGGUCUGCAGAAGCUGGCUGAUAUCAUCCAGCUGGUGUUCUGUGGUGAACCCUCUGAGAAAGACAGACAACAGCAGAUGCAGUCAAACACAGCUCAUUUUAAGGUUCAUAUUCAUCAAGACACCCGCCAUAGCAAGAAAAAAAUGAGCGCUGAUGUUUGGUCUUCACCUUCCACAAAGAAACAAGGCAACAUUCUGAGUUACUGGUGCUUUUCUCCUGGCUUCAGCAUGCAAGAUCUGGUAAAUCAAGGUGUUCACUGCAUCAUUCUGACCAGUGGUACCCUCUCUCCCCUGUCUUCAUUCACCUCUGAGAUGAGGAUAGAAUUCCCAGUGUGUCUGGAGAACAGCCAUGUGAUUGAACGGGACCAGAUCUUUGUGAGCAUAAUUGAACGAGGCCCAGAUGGAGUGAAGCUAAGCUCAGCAUUUGAUCGGAGGUUUGUUCCUGAAAACAUGGCAUCUUUAGGCAACACUAUUGCUAACCUGAGCCGCGUGGUUCCUCAUGGUCUCUUAGUGUUUUUCCCUUCCUUUCCUUUGAUGGAAAAGACCUUGGACUUCUGGAGAGUUCAAGGACAUGCAAGUCGCAUUGACAAACUAAAGCCUAUGUUUGUUGAACCUAAAGGGAAGGGCACCUUUACUGAAGUUAUAGAUGGAUAUUACAACAAAGUCAAUGAUCCAACAUCCAGAGGGGGGACUUUCUUUGCUGUGUGUCGAGGGAAGGCUAGCGAAGGCCUGGAUUUUGCUGACACUUUUGGUCGGGGUGUCAUCAUCACUGGCCUUCCUUUCCCUCCAAAGUUGGACCCCAGAGUCAUCCUAAAAAUGCAGUAUUUGGAUGAGAUGAGCCGAAAGAAAGCUGAUGGUCUUAAGUAUUUAUCUGGGCAGGAGUGGUACAGACAGCAGGCAUUCAGAGCUGUGAACCAGGCAAUUGGUCGAGUGAUUCGCCACAAAGAGGACUAUGGAGCCAUUUUCUUGUGUGAUCAAAGGUUUAGAGCCUCUGAUGUCCAGGCUCAGUUGCCAUCAUGGGUCAGACCUUAUGUGCGUAACUAUGACAGCUUUGGAAACAUGGUCCGUGAUGUCACUCACUUUUUCAAGAUUGCGCAGACAGUGAGGCCAGUUGUGGUAAAGAAAGGCACAGCACAGGGAUGUGAGACCGAGUGUUUACCAGACACUUCACCCUUCUGCGUCACAUCCUGCUCAUCUUCCCAAAGCUGCCUUUCUCAGAGGGGCAAAGUGCUUGACAACCACCUAGUUCCUAGUUUGAAGCGGAGGAAACUUGAUGAUGACAGUGGAGCCAGUGGGAUGGCUGGGAUCUGUGUAGGGUAUGAGUGUGAUGCGCAAGAGUGUGAGAAGAGACCAGCAGACCUGCUGGAUGCCUUGGAGCGAGGGAACCAUUGUCUUGAAAAGGACUAUGCUGUUGUCAGAGAGGAAAAGGCUGAUCGUUUGUCCACACUGUCUCUUCAGUAUGAGAAGAAGAUGGAUGUGGAACAGCGAGGAGGAAAACGUAAAAUCAAGUUAGUCCAAGAGCAGAAGCUGGAUGUGUCUGAGGAUGUGUUUGAGGAAUGGAAAGCAAGCAGAGCUAAGAACUUUCUGGCAGACAUGAAGAAGUCUUUGAGCCAGGUAACCUUUGACUGCAUGGUCCGGGCUCUCCAGACCUACAAGAGCACAGACAACCUGGAUGUCCUGCUGAAUGAGACAAGUGUCUUAACGGAAGACACUAAUACUCACAAUCUGCUCCGCAGCUUCUACCAGUUUAUACGUCCGCAUCACAAAAAGAGGUUUGAUGAGAAAUGCCAGGAGCUGACUGGGCAGGGAUGUGGAUACAAACCUGAUCACUCACUGUCCAAGGAAGAGAAGAAAGCAAUGAUACUGCAGAGCGAAGUUACAGAGAGACAGCUAGUUGAAGACAAUCAGUUGAAUACACAGCAGCUCAACAAAGGAGGAUGGCACCUGACCAAGCAAGGACUAAGAAAACCUCAGACUGGUUCGGCACCAAACAGUGUCCACGCCGUCUUCCUUUCUGAUGUGAAAAAAGCCCUUGGAGCGGAAAAAUCUGCUCAAGUGUUUCAGGCCAUUCACAAUUACAAAAUGACAGACAACUAUGAAAACCUGGUGACUAAAGCGGUGAGCCUGUUCACAGAGAAAGAUCAUAACUUCAACCUUCUAGUCAGAUUUGGCAUGGUACUUCGUCCUUACCAUAAGAAGCAGUACAGUGAGAUGUUGGACGCUCUGAUAGGUACGCCACUCUCCACUUCUGAUGUUCCUGUGGUAAAUGAAGAACCACGUUAAGGUGAAGGUCAGUAUUAGGAACAUGUGUUUGGGAAUUUUAUUGUGCCAUGUAUGAAAUCCUCAUAUGGAGAACCAUAACCACAAUUAUCAGAAAUGAAUUAAUUCACAAAUUUUUAUUACAUAUUUUAUUAAUAACACAAGUGUACAUAAACAAAUAGAUGAAAAUAUAUAAUCAGUUAAUUGCAUCAUUUCCGAUAUUAACUUGGAAAGUCUAUUUGUCUGUCUGGGCAUGUACAAACAUGCUUGCAUUAUGCAAAUGUAGGGUGUUACAACAGUCCAACACAGGACAAAUGCUGUCUAUUCUCCAGAGUAUUAAGAAUAGUAAUCUGGAAGGAACUGCAUGUUCUGUUCUCGCCAGCCGUUUUGCUUGCUUGAUUUGUAGCUGUUUGACAAACAUUGGAGAUGAAAAUGUUUAACCAGACUUCUGACACCCAUGAUACCUUACUGCUAUUACUGCUUGGUUUCAGUUUCAGUUUCUACUCCUUUGAACACAAAAAUCAAGAUUUCCAGCUUUUCCUCAAACAGUCAAAGAAGCUAGAAUGUGGCUGUAGAUGGGAGGAACUGAAUGAAAUGAACCAGCUAUUUGAACUCAUUUCAAAGUAACCUAACCUGUAACUGACAACACUGAAGUUAAUUUUUUACUGUGUGGGGAGCAGAUGAAGCAGAGCAGACAUUUGGGACAGGUUUUUGAACUAAAAUUGUAUAAUGUAUUGAUGUGGAAAGUGGAAAUGUAUCCAUGUUUUAAUUAAUUAAAUUCAUAAAAUAUUCUUGAUACCCAUGUGUUUCUAUUGUAUAGCCCUCAGUAUAGCGUUGAGGAUGCUAGGUUUGGUUAAACUGACAAAGCUGAAUGCAAUGUAUGCAAUGUAUGCCACCAUGAAUGCGUCACUAAAAUUAACAGCUAUAUGGCUCCACAAUCAUCUCAACAUCUUAACUGAGCAGUGUUAAAAUAAAUGACCCAUCAGGCUAUGCUGUAAUGAUGUUUUAGGUUGGAUAUUUGACAUUCUCUCCAUAUCCGCUGGUGUCUCUCGUCAAUCAGUUUUUUGAUGACAAAAAUUCAUGUUGUAUUAAAAAUCUUCUUGCUGACAUGCA